GAGAAGUGUGUAUAAGAGGAAGACGGGUUGUGAGAUUGCUUUGGACCAUGGGGACACACGCAAGCAAUUUCUGCAGGAAUGAGGGUCUGAUCCUUACUGAAGUUACAGAUCCUUCUCAAGCCAACUGGAUUGUCCUCCACGCUGAGACCUGUAAAAUGACAGUACCAGAGGUACAGAGAUGCUGGAGCCGCUUCCUGAUGCUGCAGCCAAAUCAGAAGGGGAACUUGCCACGUACACACUUCCUGCAAACCAACACUCCUUUUGGCCAGAAGAAAAGAAGAGGGGAACAAAAAUUAAACAAGAAAAAAAACCUCAGAACCUUCUUACAGCAAAUUCCUGUCACUGAUGAUGACCAGAUAACAUUCCAGACCUUCUGUAAUGCUGCAUCCUGGCUCUUCAAAAGCAGCCUGGAGACCAAAUUAAGAGGUCUGUACCAAAUUUUAGCCCCUGGCAAUAUCAGCAAGAAACAACUCCGAGACCUGUUUCAUGAACUGUAUCCUAAGGAAAGUCGCAGGGCAGUUAAUGAGCUUUCCAGUCUCUUUCUCAAGGCAGUGGAUAAAAACAAUCAAGGUUAUAUCUCUGAAGAUGUAUUUGUUGCCUGGGUACAAAACCUUCCACAAGAAAUGGUGCAGUCUAUUCUAAAUUUCCCAAUUAUAUCCCCAAAUCUGACUUUAAGCAAGUCUCAGAUUUCUCAUCUUAGUACUGCUGCAGAAGUUGAAGACAAGCAGGGGUUCAACAAGAGGCAGCUGUCCGAGGUGGCCAUGGAAAUAUCUGCAAAGAAGAGAAACUGGAAGCUUCUUGCUAGCAAACUAGGCAUUUCGGAGGAGGGAUGCUUCCGUUUAGAACAUGAGCAUUUGGAAACGGUCGACCAAAUCCUAAAGAUGCUGCAGAUGUGGUACCGAAUGUGUCAAGAAGCACCUCUUCCCCGCCUCCAGGCAGCUCUGCGCGAGAGUGGCAAUGUAGACAUUUGUAACAAAGUGUUCCAUUUGAGCUUUUAAAAUCUUUUGCUACAGGAGGGUAAUUGUUUAGAAAAGUGUCCGCAGUGCCUGGAAUUCUAGCCAUUUAGACACAUUAGAAGAACUGUGUAGGCGUCUCCUUUGAAAGAGAUGUGUGUGUGUGCUCAUCUUCUUUAAAAUAAAGAGAGAAGAAUUGUGUGUUUUUUUUUC